AUGCGUUCCUCAUUCGCCAUUGCCGCCGCCAUUGUCGGUGCUGUCAACGCUGCCCCCAACGGUGGCUACGGAUACGGUGGAUACGGCGGAUACGGUGCCGAGUCUUCGUCCUCCGUCCCGGUCGUCUACCUUACCUCGUCAGUCACUGUCUACUCGUGUGGUCCUGAGGUCACGAACUGCCCGGCUAAGCACCACUCCAGCACCCCGGCCCCGUACGUGGCCUCCUCCACCGAGGCUCCCGUCUACAGCGCCCCCGCCUACACCCCGGCCCCAUACAGCAGCCCUGCCCCAGUGUACUCCGCCCCGGCCUACAGUGCGCCCGCCCCAGUGUACUCUGCCCCGGCCUACAGCGCACCCGCCCCAGUGUACUCUGCACCGGCCUACAGCGCGCCCGCCCCGGCCUACAACGUCUCCGCCCCCGCGGUGCCGUACGGCUACAUCACUAAGACUGUGUCUUCCACCUCUGUCUAUGCCGUGACCACCGCUGGCACCACCACCGAGACCACUGAGGUCUACGUCUACACCACCGUGUGCCCUGCCACCGAGACUGAGGUCUACCCCGCCUCCACCCCCUCUCCUUACGUCCCGGAGUCCUCCGUUGUCUCCCCAGGUGAGAGCGCGUCCACCCCGUGCGUCGAGUCCAGCACGGUAACCAUUGUUGUCCCAGUCUCGUCCGCCGUUGUCCCCCCAGUUGUCCCAGUCUCGUCUGCGUACUACCCAACUGGCACCGGCGGUGCUCCCUACCCAUCUGGUGCCCCAUCCGGCACUGGUGUCUGGGGAACUGCCUCAGGAACCGGCUACGGUGCUCCCUCCGCCACCUACCCACCAGAGUUCACCGGUGCUGCCAGCCACGCCAACGCUGGUCUGGCCGUUGCUGGUCUCGGUGCUUUCGCUGCUCUGUUCUUGUAA